GAACACCAGUCGGUUUCGCUUUCAUUUCUUCCUGUCGGACUGUCAGCGGUGAAAACCUGAACGAAGCACGAACCACGAAAUUUAGUCUGCGGGUUGAGACCGAUCCUGAAUCAGGGCUUGGACACGUUUCCUCUCUGCAGGUGGGACCAUGGCGUCUGAGGUGGCACCGACAGUCAAUUUGAAAGAGGCGGAGGAACUCGCCCUCUCUCUGAGCAACGCCCUCAGCACUGGGAAUACUCAGGAAGCUGUGGAACUCUGCCAGAGGCUGUCACAGCUGUCUGUCCCCGUGUCCGUCAGCGUCAACAAACCGGCCUACCCGCAGGACGCCAUAAGGUUGAAAGUCGGAGUCGAGGAUGCUCAGUCCGACAACUUCAUCCCGAUGACCGUUGUGGUUUCUGCUGAUAUGACAAUUGCACAACUCAAAGACCAGUUCAGCCAGGACUUCGGGUUCCCGCCCACGCUGCAGCGCUGGGUGAUCGGCAAGCGGCUGGCUCAGGACCGGGAGACGCCGUACAGCCACGGCGUUCGUGAGAGUGGAGACCUGGUCUUCCUCUUCAUCCUCUCCGCCCACACCGCUCACCUCACACGCUAUCAGUACAAACUGGACCAGGACCAGCAACGCAUAGACGGCAUCGUGGACUCAAUGGCCUUGUUCCAGCCUUUUCCCAAAGGAGGUGUGGGUGAGAAGACGGCUCCUCCUCCAAAGCCUCAGCAGACUGCUCCUCCUCCAAAGCCUCAGCAAACUGCUCCUCCUCAGGUUAAACCCAGGACGGCCCCUCGCCCCACUGUGCCUCCUAAACCUCAGUUUGGCUGGACCUGCACUCAGUGCACGUACGUAAACAAACCAACUCGUCCCGGCUGUGAGAUAUGUGGAGGGGAAAGGCCAGAGGAUUAUGAGGUGCCUGCCAUCUACCAGCCCGACCUGCAGGAGGUUGUAUGGAUUCAGCAGGAAGAGCUGGCCAUGUUGCAGUAUGAGAAGACUCAGCGGGAGGAGCGAGAGAAUAACUACCUGCACUUUUUGGCAACAGAAGAACAGAAUCUGAUCCCCAACACCACAGAGACAGAUUGUCCCAUCUGCUUCUCCACUCUGGAGCCGGGAGACGGCAUCGUGCUCCGAGAGUGUCUGCACACCUUCUGCAGGGAGUGCCUACAAGGGAUGAUAGUGAACAGUCAAGAUGCAGAGGUGUCGUGUCCUGACAAUUGUGACAGUAAAAUACUGGACCGAGAAAUCCGGGAGCUGCUCUCCGACGAAGAGCACCAGCGGUUUCUGGAGCUGCGUCUGAGCAUCGCAGAGAGCCGCGCGGAGCACAGCUUCCACUGCCAGACUCCCAACUGUCGGGGAUGGUGCGUCAACGAGGACGAGGUCAACGAGUUCCUGUGUGAACUCUGCCAGGAAACCAACUGCAUCCUCUGCAGGGCCAUCCAUGACGGCAUGAAUUGCAAGGACUACCAGGAUGACCUGCGCAUCCGAGCAGAGAACGACCUGGCGGCUCAGCAAACUAAGCAGAUGUUGGAGAGCAUGCUGCAGAAUGGCGAGGCCAUGAAAUGCCCGACCUGCGAUGUCGUGGUCCAGAAGAAGGACGGCUGCGAUUGGAUCUGCUGUUUGAUGUGCAGGACCGAAAUCUGCUGGGUCACCAAACAAGCUCGCUGGGGACCAAACGGCAAUGGCGACACAUCGGGUGGAUGCAGAUGUCGGGUCAAUAAUCAGGCGUGCCAUCCCAACUGCAAGAAUUGCCACUGAGGCGAGCACGAGUGAACAAAUACAGUGUGUGUGUGUGUGUGUGUGUGUUGUGUGUGUGUGUCAGCGCACGCACUGUCUCAAGAGAUGCAGACCUCAGCUGAUGCUCAGGCUUUUGGUUUAACACUGCAUACAUUCACAUAUUCAUUUGGACUGUUGAAAUGACUCCGAGCCCAGAUUCCUGGACUCUACUCAGGCGUGUUCCUGCUGCUGAGGCACAUCUCUCUUCAACAGUGCGUCUGCCACUGAUAGAAGUUCCAUAUGCAGGUUAUGCAAAGUGCCAACUUUAUUUUCUGCAUCUCUACAGCCGAGGAUAUUAAGUUUACCUCAUGAGAUUAUAAGCUUUACCGGGACACUCUGCUUUAAUAUUCACUUUUUUGUGAUGAAUCAAUGCUUCAUAUCCAUUUUAACAGCCAUUUUAUUUUGUUGACUCAAGUCUGGCUUUAACUCCAAUAACACACACACAGAAAUAUAUGAUUAUCCCCUCACAUACAGUAUAUAUAGUCUAAUAUACUUUUCUUAUGGCUACAACUAACUAACUACAUCUAACCAUGUUUACCCAUAUAUUAUCUACACCGCUUCUCCUCUUGAGGGUCAUGGCGAGGAGCUGGAGACAAUCCCGCCUGAGGGCUGAGGUACAGAGACAAACCCCCAUCACACUCACAUUCACACCUACGCUCAAUUUAAUCUCCAAUUAACUUCACCAUCCAGCAAUGUUCAUACAUUGAUCAGUUAUUUUCUCAAUUAAACCAGAAACAAGUAACAGAAAUGUUUUAUUUUUAGUGGUAGUUUUUAAACAAGGGCUUUUCUUUCAGUUGUCCAAUCAGGCUGCGGUGAAGGAUGUUGUUUUUAAUUGUUUACACUGAAUGAAUGUGAUUAUUAUGUAAAAACAAGCUGCUCUGGUGCAAUUCAGGAUUUUGAAGUAUCGUAUUUUAAAAGAUUAAAAAGGUGGAUGAAUAAUGA